CGUCUUCUACGGUGAAGCAGUCUUACCUCAGCGAAUAUAAGAAUAUAGCAGGUUUGCCCUAUUUCUCCACCGAUAUUUCUCCAGGUCGCUAGACUUACGUCAGCACAUCUGCCUCUCCUCACGCAGACAUAACAAAUACCCAUCCCGUCUAAGAAUGACCUGCUUCAGAAUGCGCGACGAACCCCCAGCCUACGAAGAAGCCGCAGGCUCCAGCUCGACCGCCAUCCCAGGCGACACCAAGACACAGUUGCAAGAUGAGGAUCAGCGAUCGCAAUACGGGCUGAUUUCCAUCUCGGGGUACGACCGUAUUCGUCUCAUGCGCUUCCCGGAAUCUGUUGUCGCGCUUGUAUCGGAGACACUCCAGAGACACUGGCCCAAGGGUAUACAAAAUGUAAAGGCCUACUAUGAGAGCACGGAGUUCAAGCUGCGUGGAAACCCUUUUGAACACGGCAAUGAUGAUGAGAAGGUUGCGCUGCGGAAUGUUAUCUUAGGGCUUCUGGAUGCUCUUGCGAGAGAGGGUUGGGGUGUUCAUCCUGCUGCCGGGGGGUUGGGGCGCAUAGGGAAUUAUAAGUCGUUUGGGCAGAAGGAUAGCUUGAUAUUCAAGCGCCAAGACUCACAACAGCUCUCAUGGAUGUGUAUCUCCUUCGACUCUGAAGACCUCAUGCACCUCAUCAACGCUCCUCCCGAGUUGGCCCUGUCCCUGGUUGCAGUCUUCGGGGACCGGAUCAAGAACUGUAACCAGGAUCUUGUGAGCGGAAACUUUGAGAUCAAGUUCCAAAAAAGGUUAUGGGCUAAGUCGUCGGACGAAGGAGCGGUGCUGAGUAGAGUGGCCAUACUAGAUGUGCUUCAGUGUCUGGAGGGCCAGGGGUUUACGUUGUGUUCGAGCUUGGAUAUCGACCAUGGCAAUGGGGGUGAGUUGUAUAAGAGUAGUGGGGAGACAUGGUUUUGUUGCCGUUGAGGUUGGCGAUGUGUAUGACUAUUAUGGAUUUCUUUGAGUAUAUGACUAACAUGGUAUGAACGUCGUGCUUUCAAGGAUAGUUGGGCUUUGAAAGCCUUAUUCCAUUUGAGUCAUUUGAUGCACCUCUCGUACGUCGAUAGAGUUUAAGACACCAUGGACAAGUUAAUAUCAGCCACGGACUCACCUUUGACCUUCGUCUAGCGAUUCUAAGAGUAGUAUAUACCGCUACAUCCACAUCAUAAUUCUCAAUUUAUUCCAUUAAUCAAGGGUACUUUUAUUACUAAAGCAGCCUCGAUCGUUCUGGCCCUCCUUUC